AUGACUUUAGUGCCACCAAAACAAUAUCCUGCAUCGCCAGCAUUGCUCCAAGGACCACCCACUCCCAAUAGCUAUCAUCAUCAUAACAACAACAAUAAGUUGGUGGCAUUAACACCACCAUCAGGGCCAAAAACAUCACCAUCUUUACGUCCAGCUCAAAAUAAUGUCUAUCAUCAGCAGCAGCAUCAUCAUCAACAUCAUUAUGGAUCACCACCACCAGGCGCCGUAGCUGGACCAGUACCACAAACAACGUUGUCACAAACGUCACCAACAACUGCAGUUGCUCCCAUUGUUACUGCAUUGACCAAUGGCCAGGUAAUUGUAAAUGCUCCAACCACCACACCCACAAUGCCUGGCCACAAUGCAGUAACGCCGCCAGUUGUUCACCAGCCACAGCAGCAGCAGCCAUUACUUGCCAUCGAUACCAAUGCACCGGCAGCCGGAGAACGUAGUGUCAAUCUUAAAGCCAGUGUAAAAAUAACCAAAAUUACAACCAAAAAUACAAAAACAACUUCCAACAGUAAUGGUGUGGUGGUGGCAACACCACCAUCACUCACCGUCACCACCAAUCGGUGUGUGGAGUUGUACACAGCCUAA